AUGCGUCGUGCUUACCAGAAAGCAGUGACUAUUCCUUUAAAUAAUGUUGAACAUCUCUGGAAAGAAUAUGAUCAAUGGGAGAACAACUUGAAUCGUUUGACAGCAAAGAAAUUUUUGGGUGAGAAAUCAUCUGCUUACAUGACAGCACGUACUGCUUUACGUGAAAUGCGCUUAUUGACUGACCAGAUCAACGUAACUACUGUUCCUUUGCCUCCUCAAUGGACACCUGCCGAAUUCAAUCAGCUGGAUAUGUGGAAAAAGUAUAUUGAGUGGGAAAAGAGUGAUCCUUUACAACUUGAAGAUGAAAAUGCGGUUAUGGAGCGUGUUGCCUAUGCCUACCAACAAGCAUUUCUUGUACUUCGUCUGUAUCCCGAACUUUGGUAUAGUUUUGCUAGUUACUACCAAGAACUCAACAAGCCUGAAAAGGCAUUGUCGAUCCUUAAGCAAGGCAUUGAAAUCUUGCCUACCAGUCUUUUGCUUAACUUUUCUUAUGCAGAAUUAUGCGAAUCACGCCGUCAAUUAGAAGAUGCACGUGAAGCCUAUGAUCAACUCGUAACACACUUAGAUAAAGAGAUAGAGACACUCAAACAAGCAUCAGAACAAGAAAUCGCACGCUUAAAUCAAGAAGCAGAAGAUGAAAGGGCAGCCAUGAACCUGUCAGACGAUAUUGAUGGUGAACUCAGAGAACAAUUGCGAUCAAAAGAAAGACAUGCCAAGCGAGAACAAGAAGCGGUUGAAAAGAAACUGAACGAACAAGUAGAAGUGAUUGCCCGUGCUGGUUCAUUAGUUUGGAUCAAUUAUAUGCGAUUUGCACGUCGCACAGACGGUAUCAAGAGUGCGCGUGCCUUGUUUUCCAAAGCCAGAAAGGCUACCAACUGUACUUACCAUGUCUAUGUGGCUGAUGCCUUGAUGGAAUACCAUAACUCAAAAGAUGCCACUAUUGCUGGUAAAGUCUUUAGUCUGGGCCAAAAGUCCUUUGCUGAUCAUCCUGACUUUGUCUGUCAAUACUUGGAUUUUCUAAUUCAAAUGAAUGAUGAUAACAACACACGUGCUUUGUUUGAAAGAACAUUGGCUACCAUGCCAGCAGAAAAAGCAGGACCUAUUUGGCUUAAGUUUCUGGACUAUGAAAACAAGUAUGGUGAUUUAGCCUCAGUGCAGAGUGUAGAAAAGAGACGCAUUGAAGCUAUGGCCAACCCAAAUGUAUCUAUUAUGGAGUCCUUUUUAAAAAGACAGAGUUAUUUGGACAUCUGUACGAUUGAAGAACAAGAACUUGGGUAUGCUGCUCGUCGUCGCCUUCAGCAAGAACAAACAGAAACAAAAGAGACGGUCCAAGAACAACCCACACCAGCACCGCCUGCUGCACCACCUGUGCAGACCUCAAAAGAACACCAAAAACGUCCUCUUUUAGAACCUGUUCAUCCUGAGAAAUAUCCUCGUCCUGAUCUUAGUCAAUGGCAACCCUUUAAGCCUGCUGCUCGUCCAGCCAAUGCUUCUCCUUUGAUCACGACGAUUGUGCCUGGUCCACCUGUAGAUACACCCCCUCAACCACCAUCUCCACCUGCUCCAACUGUACCUAUACAGCCACAAUGGACAACAUCUUUACCUGAUGCUGUUGCUUAUUUUGUGAGUAAUUUACCACCUGCCCAGACAUUCAAUGGACCUAUUAUUCCACCAGGUGAAAUUGUAGAAUUGUUACGUACCAUCAUCAUACCCUUACCGCCACAAAGACCUUCUGUUAAACCACCACCAAGAGAGAUGCCCCGCAAUUUUGGUCGUCCUGCUCCACCACCAUCCAAUCCUGCUCGUCCUCAAGGGUUCAAGGGAGGAAGACCACCUAACCAAAUGCCCAUGAGAGCAACCGGUGCUGGCAAACCAAAUGCAAAGCGUAGAGGAGGAAGAGAUGAUUAUGAUGAUGAUUAUCAGCCUCAUAAAGGUAACCUUUAUUCGUCCUAUUUGUUGAUACCCAUUCUUUUGUAUAUAGGCAUAGGUCCCAAUAGGCCACCAGACUUUGAUUUAUUCAGACAAAGACAAGCUAAAAGACAUCGUGAUGAUCCUCCUUUUUAA